AUGGCUCAGAUUUCAGUUUGGGUUUCACCCUAUAGCCACCCAGUCCCGAUGGCUCUCGUCGCCGUCACGUCGCGCACUCCCUUUAUCUUCUCUCAAAGCCGUAAACCCCUUUUUGUCUACUCUUCGCUCUCUCACCUCUCUCUCUCCUCUCGCUCUCCGAGGUUUCCUUUUCUCCGCUUCCGCGCCUCCGCCGACGAUGACGCUGGCAAGCCCACUGGUAAAAUCUCCGACGAAUGGGGCGAGGACUACGAGCCCGAAGCCGACACGUUGCCGUCCAAGCUUCCCGACUCGGAUCCUCCCAAGGACGAGGACGAAUGGCAGGAAGGAGGUGCAGCACCCGAAGCCGGCGGCUAUAUCGACAGCGGGAACGGAACGCCUGUUGCUAAGGCUCCGGCGGAGGAGGGAGUGGAUGAUAAGGUAGAGGGACUGAAGCGUGCUUUGGUGGAUACCGUCUACGGCACAGAGUUAGGGAUUCAAGGCCGGUCGGAGGUUCGUGCUGAGGUGUCCGAGUUGGUGACUCAGUUGGAAGCGGUGAACCCUACCCUUGCCCCCGUGGAGGAACCUGCCCUUCUCGAUGGGAAUUGGGUGUUGCUGUACACUGCAUCUUCUGAACUGUUGCCUCUUCUAGCAGCAGGAAGAUUGCCUUUGUUGAAGGUGGACAAGAUUUCACAAACAAUUGAUACCAGUAGCUUCACCAUUAUAAACUCCAUAACAUUGUCUAGCCCUUUUGCAUCUUUGUCUUUCAGUGCAUCUGCCUCCUUUGAAGUUAGAAGCCCGGCAAGGAUACAGGUCACUUUUAAAGAAGGUUCAAUACAACCUCCAGAGAUAAAGUCUAAAGUUGAACUACCAGAAAAUGUGGACAUUUUUGGUCAAAAGCUUAGUCUACAGCCUCUGCAACAGUCCCUUGGUCCACUGCAAGGUCUGGUGGAAAACAUAUCGCGGGUCAUUUCUGGCCAACCUCCUCUUAAGAUUCCCAUCCCUGGCGAGAGGACAAGCUCCUGGCUUCUUACUACAUAUCUUGAUCAGGACUUUCGAAUAUCUAGGGGGGAUGGUGGUCUUUUCAUCCUUGCCAGAGAGGGAAGUCCUCUUCUGGAUCAAUAG